AACCCUAACCCUAACCCUAACACUAACCCUAACCCUAACCCUAACUCUAACCCUGACCCUAACCCUAAUGGCCAUAAUCCGAACCCUAACCCUAACCCUAACCCUAACCCUAACCCUAACCCUAACCCCAACCCUAACCCUAACUCUAACCCUAACCCUAACCCUAACGCUAACCCCAACCCUAACCCUAACCCUAACCCUAACUCUAACCGACGUAACACUAACCAUAACCCUAAACCCAACCCCAACCCUAACCCUAACCCUAACCCUAAACCUAACCCUAACUCUAACCCUAACCCUAACCCCAACCCUAACCCUAAACCUAACCCUAACUCUAACCCUAACCCUAACCCUAACCCUAACCCUAACCCUAACCCUAACCCUAAUGGCCGUAACCCUAACACUAACCCUAACUCUAACCCUGACCGUAACCCUAAUGGCCAUAACCCGAACCCUAACCCUAACCCUAACCCUAACACUAACCCUAACCCUAAACCUAACCAUAACCCUAACCCUAACCUUAACCCUAACCCUAACCCUAACCCUAACCCCAACCCUAACCCUAACCCUAACCCUAAUGCUAACCCUAACCCUAACCCUAACCCUAACCCUCACCCUGAC